GAUGGUGCACGGGCAGCUAGAAGUCCAGUCUGGUGAGCUGCACUAGUCCUGAGAGCCACAAGCUCAGAGAAGUAGUCCAGCAAUCCCAGAAACACCCAGCCCGACUCCUACAGCUACAGCACAUAUUAACUCAACCUGUUAGCAAAGAGUCAUUCAAUCAGCGAGGUGACACUAAUUGACAACCUCCUAUUUCUGUGUCUCAUGCUGAACUGAGCUCAUUCAGAUCACGGCAGCUUGUUACACCUAAACUCAGAGCCGACCACAGCAGAGAUGAUGAUUGGGAUGCAGCAACACUCACACAGCUUUCUGGCCCUUUUCCUUGUGGUCUUCGUCGCUGGGAUAGUUCUCUCUGGCCCCUCAACUCCCCGCAGGAGCAGAGUGCGACGUCAGAACAUGAAAGUCCGUAUCAACGCCACAGGAGACACCAUCGUGAUGACGUUUUUGCGUCCCAACCCUGACACCAAGCUUGAGGGUUACAUCCUGGGCUACGGCAGCAGCAUGUUCUCCAAACAGUUCAUUCAGCUGCCUGAGAACGGACAGCCGUAUGAGACUGAGUUUGAUGCUGAACCCAAGUACCUUAUCGCUGUACAGCCCAUCCCAACCAAUGAGGUGAAAAAGCAGUGCACAGGUAAAGUGGAACUGCAGAAGCCGCUACACCUAGUCCUUGGGUCAGUGACCCCCACCUCAGUUAUCUUGUCUUGGGGGACCCUUCUGAAAACUCCCUAUGAAGGCAACGUCAUGAAUGACUGUCUAGAGGAUGGACACUACACAGUGCGUUAUCGUGAGAGAAACAGGAAGUGGAACUACCAGACCUGCCCAACUAGCGACACGGUCAUUGAUAACCUGAGGCCCAACACAGUCUAUGAAUUUGGUGUCCAGCCCAACUCUAAGGAUGGCACUGGAGUGUGGAGCAAGCCAGUCAUUCACAACAUCUCAGGAGGCAUUGAGGAGAAGGCCAUCAGGAAAAUCUUUAAACGCCCUGUCAACCCUGUGAAACCUUUAACGCCAGUUCCCCAAUCCUUCCCCUUUCCUCCUCGUCAUGUUCUCCAUAACAGGACCCAGGGCAGACUGCCCGUCUCCCGGAACAUAGCCCCAAAGACAACUCUUGCUCCCACAACAACUACUAGACAGGAAUCUCUGCUGACCCCUGGACCCACCCUGCCUGUGGUCACCAAACGGCCAAUCGGAGGAGGAGACCUUUCCAGAUCUGUCUUGCCUCCUUUGAUGGAGGUCCUUUUAGCUCCCAAGCCCCGUCCUCCACUACACACAACCACCAUGGCGUUUGUACCAGUUCCCCAUACAGAUGUAAAUGAACACGGAGAACAUCCUCUGAGACAACAUCCCCAGUCACAACCUCAUUCACAACCUCAACCAAAUCCCCUGCUCCAGCCCCAGUAUCGGCCACCACCACAACCAAAUCCCCAAAGAGAAACAUAUCAAAUCUCAUCCCAGCCCAUACCCCAGACCCAACCACAACCCCAACUCACAUCCCAACCCAUACUCCAGACACAACCACAACCCCAACUCACAUCCCAGCCCAUACCCCAGACCCAACCACAACCCCAACUCACAUCCCAACCCAUACUCCAGACACAACCACAACCCCAACUCACAUCCCAAACCAUACUCCAGACACAACCCCAACCCCAACUCACAUCCCAAACCAUACUCCAGACACAACCCCAACCCAAAUCCCUGCCUAUACUCCAGACACAACCCCAACCAACAUCACAGCCUAUACUCCAGACCCAACCUCAACCCCAACCAACAUCCCAGCCCCAAAUCCAGACCCAACCUCAAUCACAACCCCCAUCAUCACCAAAGCCACACCCCCAAUCACAGCCUAAAACCACAACCCAGAUCCAGGCUGAACCACAACCUCAAACAACACACCAGCCCAAACACCAGGCCCAACCUCAAACACAUCCGCAUACAAAGACCCAGCCUCCCCAGCCCACACCCAUGGCACAUCCUCAAACACCUCAAACAACACUACAUAACAUACCGCAGACCCAACAAGUACUACCAAACCUACAGCCCCAACCUCAAUCACAAUUUCGAUCUACAACUGAGCCACAAACCCGAACACAACCUCAACCAAAGACCAACCCACAGCCUCAGCCACAACCUCCACUAAAAACCAAUCUAGAGCCUCAACUAACCACCAAGCAGCAGUCUAAGGCCCAACCAACACUUAAACCAAAUAUCAUCCUUUUCCGACCCAAGCUCAAAACACAGCCUCAACCAAAGAGUCAACCCAAGCCCCAGCAACCACCUCAAAUAAAAAAGCAGCCAAAGCCUCAACGACACCCUCAACCAAAAAAACAAAAGCCCCGAACUAAGGACCAACAAGAACCUCACCCAAAGAUUCAGCCGUGGCCCCAAACAAAACCUCCAACAAAGACCCAGGCCCAACCUUUAUCUCAUUCUCAACCCACUCCCCAACCACAACCUUCACCAAAUGGCCAGACUCAAUCCCCGCUUGAACCUCCUUCCAAGCCACAACCUCAACCUGGGCUUCAGUCUCAGACCAGGACCUACUCUGAUCCCACCAAGGUCACCCCAAGGCAGGCAGUCUCUACGGCUCCUAGUCCACCAGAAGAGGGCAAGCCUCUACCAAGACCUGCCCUGGCUACAAAGAAGGCUGGUAGUUACAAUCAGGGUACUGGCGUCAUUAGACCAUCCAUUGCUGAAAUUCCUCGUUCUCCCAUUAGCUCUUCAGUUCCUCUAGCAGGAAAAAACACCACUCUGACCAGGACCCGGGUUCCUCCUCAUUCCACUCGUAAUAGUGGCAGACCAGUUUCUCCAUCCAAGACAUUCACCUCCUCUCACAGCUCCAGCACACCUGGGGCCGAUGGGGCGCAUCAUAGGGGCAAUGCUCUUCCUAAACCUGUGGUGUGGUCCAGAGAGAAACCUGUCCCUGCAGUCCUGCAUACCUCUAUUUCUGUCAACAAGAGACCCAACCUGGCGGGGGAAUCUAGUGACCACGAUAAACCCAUGGACCUGAAACAAGGAGACAAGGAGUCCAUCUUGAAUCCAUUCCCUCUGGUCACAGCCAAGCCCAAGCAAGAGCGCAGACAGCAACAGACAACCACCUCUGCCCCGGCAGUAAACACAACCCGUUUUGACAUAAAUGAAAACUCCUCCAUAUUCCGGCCCUUGCCUGCGUCAGAGGUAGACAUCAUGGGCAAGAAGCGCUUUGUGGCUCCCCAUGUGAUCUACAAGACCGAUAAGAAGCCAGAUGAGCCAUGCUCCAUCACCUCCUCCCUCUCUUACUUCCCUGACGAGGAGGGAAGUGAUCAGAAUGUGACUGGUCCUCCCCGCAUCCCUCCCUCCAACCUUACUGUGGUUACUGUGGAGGGCUGCCCGUCUUUUGUCAUUCUUGACUGGCAGAAAUCUGACAACGAAACCAGAGAGUAUGAAGUUGUAUCCACCACUAAAGGACCAAAUGGAGAGGAGGUGUCCGUACUGACGACCAACCAGACACACACAGCCGUGGAGAAUCUUAAACCAGAGAGCAGUUAUGAAUUCACAGUAACACCAAAGAAUGAGCUGGGAACAGGACCCUCCAGUGAUCCUGUGUCUUUUAGCACAGAAUCAGCGGAUCCACGAGUGAGCGAACAUGUUUCAGGCAAAGAUGCCAUCUGGACUCAGUUCCCAUUUAAAUCCGACGACUAUUCUGAAUGCAAUGGAAAGCAGUAUGUGAAGAGAACUUGGUACCGAAAAUUUGUGGGCAUUCAGCUCUGCAACUCCUUGAGAUACAAGAUUUACCUGAGUGACUCUCUGAAUGGGAAGUUUUAUAACAUUGGAGAUCAGACGGGGCACGGUGAGGACCAUUGUCAGUUUGUAGACUCCUUUCUGGAUGGACGGACCGGCACCCAGAUGCUUGCUGACCAGCUACCAAGCAGACCAGGGUUUUAUAGAGCGAUGAGACAGGAACCUGUCAACUUUGGAGAGAUUGGAGGGAAGUCACAUGUUACUUACGUAGGCUGGUACGAGUGUGGCACACCCAUCCCUGGGAAGUGGUAAGACCCCCACAGGCCUGUCCAGGAAGGAUGACUUUCUUGGUCGGGAGGAAGAAGAAGACGUCUCACUAGGCCUGAAGGGAGGUCGGCCUUUCUUUCAUGUUACCAUGGACACUGUACCAUAGUAGACACCAUGGGUCUGUCUCUUUGAACUCAGCCUAUUCUCCCAGGUAUGAACAUGUAGGAAUAUUAGAUGUCCCAAAAUUCUAUUGAGUGCAUUUGUACCAUUGGUCAUAAUUUCUCUAUUUAUCAAAAAUGCAUUCAGCGAAGGAAUGCAGGGUUUUGAGUGUUGAAUAUGCAGUAAUCACAGAGAAAAUGUUGGGAAGCUGGCUCCCAAAGUGUAAUAACUUGUAUGAUAUUAUUUAUCAAAGGGGAUUGCUAUUGAAUAUUCUGUGUGUGCUCGGGCUUUUGAGAUGAGAAAGUAAAACUCAUUCACAAUACUUGCAUUUCACACACAAAUUGUGUCAUUUGUAUACAGAAAGGUGCCAAUCAUACUUUCAUUGUACAUUUGGACUAUGUAAAAUACAAGUACACACAGACAUGCAGAAUUGACCUUCUGCUAGCCCUAAGGGAUUAUUAGCAGUUGCAGUUUGCACAGUAUUAAACCUUUGUUUAUAUAUGUAUAUGGUGUGAAAUACAGUAUGUAUACCAGGGAUCAUAUAGUUUGAUACAUUUCAGGUACAAGAUAAAACAGCUUUUAGCCAAAUUGUUGAUUUAUUAUUAGAAAAACAAAAGCUUGACUGUUUCUAUGGGGUCACUUGGAAAGAUUAAUGUAUUUUUAAUGCUUGUGCAGACUUGUCAUAUAUUUUAUAAAAUAAUAAAAUAUAUAUAAAAAUUAUAAACUGAGCUUCAAUGUGGAAAUGACAUAAUUUAUGUUUUGUUUUCAAACUUACAACAAAGUGUACAUAAAGCUAUAAAUCAUUGGAGAGAAGUUGUUAGGUUUCUUCCACAUCUGUCAUGACUAUGGUUGUUUUUGAUGCACCAUGUAUGUUUUCAGCAAUAAAUCUUGUUUUUAUAUUUACUGAUA